AUGGAAAUUCCCCGUCUAUCUUCUCCCCACAAUGGCUCUGGCGACGACGACGACGACGAAGAUACACCUGACCAUCUACGAUUCAUCGAAGGCGCUACAUUCCACAUCUUCUCCUCCUCAGCUUCUUUCGCCGUCUUCUCCCCGCUCAAGGAAACCCAUGUGUUCAUCGAAACCAUCAACGCCACAGCAUUCUAUAACCACACCGAACCAGUCGGCACGAUUGUAUAUGACCUGCCCCUCGAGAUCCCCCCCGGACUCAGCGAGACCGACAGGCUGCCUGUGGAUUGGGAUCCGGAAUCCAUAGGCUACGACCGUAUCCGUGGGGCGCUUGGUGGAGGACUGAGGCUGUCGGCGAAGGCGGAGGUGGGGGUUCGGCUGGGGAAGUGGAAGGAGAAGUUGUGGUUUGAGGGAGAGGGGAUUGGGGCGAAAGUGAGAUUGUAG